UGCGGGGUUCCGCAUCGGAAGGCUAACCUCGUCCUGUGUACCAAGCGGUCUCAGUUCAGCGGUCUCCCUUUCACUGGUCUUCAAGCCUUCGGUCAAGAUGAGUGAUAAGCCAGACUUGUCUGAAGUGGAGAAGUUUGACAAGUCAAAACUGAAGAAAACUAACACUAAAGAAAAAAACACUCUUCCCUCAAAGGAAACUAUUUGGGUCUUUGAUCUCAUCCCUAAUGAGCCAUGCAAACUGUGGUUUUGGCCUUCUCUACCUGAUGACAAGAUGAGCUAUCCAGCAGGAGAAAGAGUGUGGUCAAACAUCGUAAGAUGGGGAUCUCCUUGCAAGAGCAAAUUUCAACAUUGCUUGAGUGUCUUGAUUUUGGUAAAACUUUGUAGAGAUUUUAGGCAUCUUCUGAUGUCUUCUCACCCACAAUCCCUGGCUAAGAGGUCAGGGGUAGCCUACAUUCCCUGACAUUCAUUUUAAAACUUCCAUUGGUGCGUAAAUUCCAGCUGGCAGAUGCUGUCAAUAAUCUAACCGUUGAUGACCUUUGUGCUUGUAGUCUUUGCACCCCCUACCGGAUAAGCCACUUUUAACUUUCUACAAUGGUUCCCUCUAUUGCUUUAUAAUCUUCAUGAAGUUGCAUGCUUUUGCAUCUUCUCACAGUUUAUUUUCAUUUGUAAUGGAGCAAUAAAAUAAUAAAUAUAAUCAGUAUGUUUAUAA